AUGGGUUCCCAUUAUAUUUAUAUUCGAUUUCCCGACCAGACCACCAACGAGCUAGCCACUGCCAUGGACAUGGAGGACAUCCAGCACGCUGUCCAGGAGCUGGAGAACACGUGGAAAGAGGCGCAGUCCAUGCAGAGUAUAAUUCAGGCAUCUAAUAUUACCAACACCAACCCAUGGCUGCGCAUGACCAGGUGGUCCGAGUAUUUGGAAGGAAUCGCACCAAAGGAUCUGACCGACAGCGUGGCGCCGCCCGAGGAAGAGCCCAUGGAUCCUGUGGAGCAGGGCGUGCGCCAUAUUUGGGCCGCCAUGGAGCAGGUCGUGCGCAAGAGCCAGCGCGUGGUCCAGCAUAGCGGCCAGGCAAUCUGCAUUAAAGCCAUCCAAUCCGAAAAGGGUCAAACGCCAUAUCGACCGUUGCAGGUGUAUAUGGAUCCCGAGAGCGUGGUUAAGCAUAUACAGCCAUGGCAGUAA